UUAGAAAACAAAAUCAUAUUUUCAUUAAUGAUAUACUUAUCACUAAUUAAUUUUGCACCAUCAAAAGGAUUUAUAUAAUUCUAGUUCCCUCCUCGUUCUCAUCUUUUGUUUCAUCUUUACGCUCUCUCUUUCUCUCAACCAAAACCUACUUUCUCUCAAUCCCAAUGGAUGAUUUGGUUUUGAUGAAACAGAGUCUUCUAAAAAGCUUCAUCGUCUCUCUUAUUCUCACUCUCGUCUUCCUCAUCUCACCAUCAUCAUCAUCUUCGAAUCAAGAAACAAGAGUAUCAUCAACACAAAAGACGGAAGCUUAUCUCAACGGCAAUGAAUCACCGCACCAACUCGUGUACAUCAAGAAAACGACGCCGUUUAUCUUGAACCGGCGGUUGCAACGAAACCACCACCACCGUCGUCGUCGUUACGAUCACCACUACUACUUCUACUAUCGACAUACUCUUCGUCGCCGUGCUGACUACUUCAAGAUGAUGGCCAAGAAGAGUAACGGUUUAAACCGUCCGGUUCGACCGGAUACUUUCUCCGUUAUGCUUCCCAAAGGAUUUGUACCUCCUUCCGGUUCAUCUCCAUGCCAUAACCAGAACCCUAAUUCUGCUACCACUCUCUUUUGCGAUCUUUCUACACAACCCUAGAGAUCGUUACCGGUACGUGAAACGAUUUUGUUCCUCUCGUGGCACUUUUGUAAUUUUCAUCUUUUAUAAAAUUUCUUUCUUUUUUUA